AUGGCUAACGGUGACGCUUUGACCGUAGACUUAAUAACUCGCCUUAUUGCUGACAGCAACAUAGCAUUACGUGAGGAAGUAGAACAAUUACGCUCACAAAUAACAGUCAAUACCACUAGUGCAACUGAUUUUUUAACACAAACGAUAGACGACAAUAUAGCUUGCCUAGAAUCAUUAGAUGUAGUUAAAUCCGUACCUGAAUUUACUGGUAGGAUUAAUUCAUAUAAAAUUCGCCAACGUAAUAAGGUUGGCAGGCAUACCAGUGAUUCACGUCGAAUGUCAAUAUCAAGAAGAAAGCAAAGCGAAGAGCAACGCGCUCAAGUGAAUGCCCGAGGUAGAGCGGUAUACAGAGAGCGGCGUGCACAGAUUAGAGCUGAAUUCGCCGACAAUCAACGGCCAAAUCACCGUCAAGGCCGAGUUCCGCUCCGCCUUCGCGAUCAAAUGGAACAUGUUGGCUUUCUCUACGAUCCUGACUGCGACUACAGCCUGCAUGGUGCCAUUGGAGCAAUGGAUAUUAUUUGUACGCAUUGCAAUGCCGCGAAGUUUCGAGGAGAAACAGUUGGCAUGUGCUGCUCCAGUGGCAAAGUGAAACUGCCUGCAUUGGAACCGCCACCAGAACCAUUACAAUCCUUGCUCACUGGAGAAUCGCCGACGUCUAAGCAUUUCUUGCAGAACAUACAAGCAUACAAUUCAUGCUUUCAAAUGACUUCUUUUGGUGCCACAAAGAUCAUUAGAGAUCCAUUUAUGCCGACGUUCAAGGUGUUUACUUUGCAUGGAAUUUCCAGUGAAACAUUUGACAUUUUUAUUCUACAGAUUCAGGGACAAAUAUACCAUCGAGCAGGCUCGCUCGUACCAUUUGCCGAUGCCGACUAUCAAUUUUUGCAAAUAUAUUUCAUCGGUAAUGAAACUGAUCAAACUAAAUCAACGAUGUAAAAUUGCGACCGGCACAAGGCGAGAAAUCG